CUUUAGACCCAGCUAAAGAUCCAUGCUUAAAGAUGAAAUGUAGUCGUCAUAAAGUAUGCGUUGCUCAAGAUCAACAAACUGCUGUUUGCAUUAGCCACCGGAGACUUACACACAGGAUGAAAGAGGCUGGUUUGGGCCAUAAACAAUGGAGAGUCGGUCCUGUUUUAUCAAAAUGCAAGCAGUGCCCAGUAGUUUAUAAUAAUCCUGUUUGUGGUUCUGAUGGUCACACAUAUUCAUCUCAGUGCAAACUAGAAUAUCAAGCCUGUGUCUCGGGAAAACAGAUAUCCGUGAAGUGUGAAGGACGCUGCCUUUGCCCUCCAGAUAAAUCCACAAGUACAGGCCGAAAUGAUAAGAGGGUGUGCAGUGACCUGGAGUUCAGGGAAGUUGCAAACAGAUUGCGAGAUUGGUUCAAGGCACUUCAUGAAAGUGGAAUUCAGAAGAGGACUAGAAUUGUACAAAGGCCUGAAAGAAGUAGAUUUGAUACCAGCAUUUUGCCUAUUUGCAAGGACUCCCUUGGCUGGAUGUUCAACAGGCUUGAUACAAACUAUGACCUGCUAUUGGACCAAUCAGAGCUUGGAAGUAUAUACUUGGACAAAAAUGAACAGUGCACCAAGGCAUUCUUCAACUCUUGUGACACAUACAAGGACAGUUUGAUAUCUAACAAUGAAUGGUGCUAUUGCUUCCAGAGACAGCAAGACCCGCCUUGCCAGACAGAGCUCAGUAACAUUCAGAAACAGCAAGGGGGAAAGAAGCUCCUAGGGCAGUAUAUCCCUUUAUGUGAUGAAGAUGGGUAUUAUAAACCAACUCAGUGCCACGGAAGUGCAGGGCAAUGUUGGUGUGUUGACAGAUAUGGCAAUGAGGUGACAGGAUCAAGAACACAUGGUGCUGCAGACUGUGCUGUUGAACUAGAAACAUCGGGUGAUUUUUCCAGUGGUGAUUUCCAUGAAUGGAUAGAUGAUGAGGAAGAUGAUAUGAUGAAUGAUGAGGAUGAAAUUGAAGAUGACGAUGAGGAUGAAGGAGAUGAUGAGGAUGACGAUGACCAUGAAGGAUACAUUUGAUGCUUUUAGCUGUGAAUAAAUUAUAUCUUUCUAAAAUUCAUGUGGAGACACACCAGAAAAUUCCUAUACCUUUGAAGGUCAAAAGGAGAUUCUAAACAUGUAUAUUUUGUAUGAUUAUUUGAAAUAUUGCAGCUGGAGUCAUAGACUUUCUUUGUUUAAAUGAAAAUCAUUAUAUGUUGUUUUUAUAUGCUGGUGAGCAGAAGAAAUCACUGGAGUCUAGCCUGAAGAAAGAAAUGUAUGUGUGUGCUACUAAAAAAAAAAGGUGUGCAGAUAAUCAUAAGGACAACCAAACUUCUAAAACCUUCCAUGAAAAACAUUUUCUCCUUGGGAACGCAAGUGUGUGGCCACUUCCAGCUGCUGCUCUGUUAAUCUUUAGCAGUGAUUUUAGACCAUGUGGACUUUUCAAAAUAUGCAUGGACAGGAGUAGCAUUCAGUAAGGUCAUAAUAAGUCAUUUAAAACUUACUGGAAAAACAAAAAGCCAUGACUAUAUGAGGAGAGCAGAGUCCUCCUUUGUACUUGCAAUGGUUAUGUUUUUGAUGCUGAGAUUAAUAAGGG